GUUUGCGAUUCGCCAAUGUAACAAAACAGAAGAAGAAGAAGUGGAAAACAAAACUGUGCUUUAACAUGGCUGCUGACAACGAUCCUGAAUCUGAGGUCUUUGAGAUCACUGAUUUCACCACCGCGUCCGAAUGGGAGCGGUUUGUGUCCAAAGUGGAGGAAGUGCUAAACGAGUGGAAGCUGACUGAAAGCUAUGUGGAAAAAUUAUCUCCAGAAAAGGGUGCGUACGUCAACGGGAGCUGGGGAGAGCAGUCGCAGGACGUUCACUUUGCUGACUUUAAGUUCAGUAUCAGCCACCACUUUCUCAAAGAAGAAUGUAAAAAGGAGAAUGGGAGGAGUGAAGAAGAUACAUUACCUUUGGCAAUGCAGGACCUUCUGUCGAUGCACAAUGACUUCCCUCCUCGAGCCCAUUGUCUGGUCAGAUGGUACGGCCUGCGAGAAUUCGUGGUCAUCAGCCCCGGGGCGAACUGUGAGGCCAUCAUCAGCGAGUCAAAAUGCAACCUGCUGCUCAGCUCCAUCUCCAUGUCUCUGGCCAACAGCGGCUGUCAGGUCCCCAUGUUUGUUCAGAUCCAGCAGAAGUGGAGACGGAUCUAUGCCGGCGAGUGCCAGGGGCCAGGUGUGCGCACCGAUUUUGAGAUCGUCCAUCUCCGUAAGGUGCCGAGCCAGUACAACCACCUAUCUGGCCUCCUUGACAUCUUUAAGUCUAAAAUUGGUUGCAACCUGCUCCCCCUGCCGCCUGUUGACAUAGCUAUUCGCUACACCUACAUCCUCCAGGAUUGGCAGCAGUCUUCAUGGCCUCAACAGCCUCCAGACUUUGACACGCUGCUUGGAGGUGAGGUAGGAGGAGUGGAGUUUGGAAACCUUCCCUUCGGAGCCUGCGAGGAACCAAUCAGUGAACUCCAUCUUGCAACCACCUGGCCUCACCUCACAGAGGGCAUCGUUGUAGAUAAUGACGUGUACAGUGACCUCGACCCUCUCCAAGCUCCUCAUUGGUCUGUUCGAGUUAGAACAGCUGAGAACCUUCAGUGUUUACUGGGAGACUUUAUCACCGAGUUCUUUAAGCUGUGCUGUCGGAGGGAGUCUGCAGAAGAGAUUCUGGGUAGAGGCCAUGCAGAAGAAGAAGGCCAGGAAAACAGUGACAUCAGCUCUGCUCUGUCUAAACUGACGGAGCCAGCAGCGCCUGUGCCGCUAAGCAAGCUGUCCGUGUCCAGUAUGGUCCACAGCGCCAGAAAGCACAUGCGGCGGCGCCGGCACAUCGAUGAGUCCCCGCUUAACGUCGAUGUCCUCAACUCAAUCCUCCUGUACCUCUUCCCAGAUGCUGCGGUGGAGAAGUCAUCGGACAAAGAGAAAACCACCCAGACAAACUCCGUCAGGACAUCCGAGAAAGAGAAGAGCCCAGACGACAACCUGUUCCUCCAGCUGAAGUCGGCGCCCUCGGACAGUUUGACCUACCGCCUGGCCCUGUGUCUGUGCAUGGUCAACUACAGCUACGGGGGACUGCCUGCUGUCACUCACCUCUGGCAAGAGUUUGUCCUGGAGUUGCGCUACCGUUGGGAAAACAACUUCCUCAUCUAUGGCUUAACAGGUGGACCUCCUGAUCUCCGCUGCUGUCUGCUGCAUCAAAAGUUUCAGAUGCUGAACUGCUGCAUAGACAGGAAGAGGGCGAGAGAUGAAGCCCGCAAGGCGCAGGAGGGAAACAGAGAGAGAGAGCGCAAAGUAUCGGGUGGAAAAGCUUCUGCCUCCACUACAACCAGAGAGGUGUCUCAAGGCAAAUCCUGGGACUCGUGGAGUGACAGCGAGGAAGAGUUCUUUGAAUGCCUGAGUGACCAGGGGGAGAUGGAGUCUUCUCAAAGCGAGGGAGGAAAGGUCAAAGCCGAGGGCAGGCUGCAGCCCUACAACAACAUGACGCUACUCAACUCCGCAGAGCCUCUCUAUGUUCCUGUUACACAGGAGCCAGCUCCUAUGACAGAGGAUCAGCUGGAAGAGCAGUCCGAAGUGCUAGCUAAACUCGGCACAUCAGCGGAAGGUACUCACCUGCGUGCUCGGAUGCAAAGUGCAUGUCUGCUCUCUGAUAUGGAGUCUUUUAAGGCUGCCAACCCUGGCUGUGUUUUGGAGGACUUUGUCCGCUGGUACUCGCCGAGGGAUUAUGUAGAAGAAGAGGCGGUCGACGAGAAGGGAGAUCCAGUUGUGAAAGGAGAACUUAGUGCAAGAAUGAAAAUCCCAGGCAACAUGUGGGUGGAGGCGUGGGAGACUGCCAGGGUCACACCAGCACGGCGCCAGAAAAGACUCUUCGACGACACCAAGGAGGCAGAAAAGGUGACAAUCUGUCCAGCUGACACCACAUUGGGAAUCAGUUUAAAACAGGAAGCAGAUGCUCUUCAAGUGAUCAGACACAAUCACUUGUGGGCUGCACAGCCUCAGGAAAAUAUUUAGUUGCCCCGGCUCUCU